AUCUGUAUGUUUCUUAUAUAUGAAAGUAUGAAGAUGACACAUGUACCAGAUUAUUCACUGAGCGACUGUUAACUUGUGACUAACAUAAGGAGAAAUAAUGAAGAUUGUACUGGUCUGUGCCGUGCUUGCUGUCCUAGCUACAGUUUCAACGUCAUCUAUCGUCAAAUCUCCAACAUCCCGAGCAAGCCUAUACUACGGAUAUGUCGGCCCUGGUGACAGAUUGCUAAACAGGACGUACGUUCAGAAAGCAGCGAUCCCUAAUACAAUCCAGAGUCAGGACGUAGCUUACCGUGGUAAUAUUACUACUAGGAUCACUGCAAUCCAAGUGGUGGAGAUUGGAUACACUCAGUGGGCGACUCCUUGGUUAAUUGCGGGGGGAAUUGGUGGGAACAAUGUGACUAUAAGGGUACAAUCCGCAAGAGGCUAUGGGUACUAUUACGUAAUUGAUAUUUGGGGACGAUAGAUUUAUUAAAAUGUACUUUUAAUACGAUCAAGUAUUUGUUAAUUACAGAAUGGCUACGA